UUUGCGACAUACAUGACGUCAUAUUCCAGCGACUUGUCAUGCUUUGCUCAUUUUGACAUUCCGAAUGAAAAGGAUAAACAUACUGGAAAAAAUUAAAAUGUUUCGAUACAGAUUAAACGCGCAAAUAAUGUGAUAAAUAACUUGCUUAUCUUAAGUUUGGAAGCGCAAACGAAGAGGUUCACCCAUAAUGAUGUGGCCGAAGUUUACCACGUCAACAGCCGUUGUGACCCUACGAAUGUGUCGCUUUGGCAACAUGGCAACACUGAGGCCUCACAUCAGAAGUGUGUCUCAGGGCCCCUCCUACCUGGACCCCAGGACUCACAGCAUCCGGCCUCUCUGCCGCAUAUCACCCCUCUUAGCUGGCCAUGCUUCCAUCACACUGAGCCCGGGGCGUCAGCCCAAAAGAACUAUAACCACAGACCGACCGAGCUGGUACGAGAGCGUUGCAGACUCUACCCCCGUACACCUCACAGAGCAACUCCUUGUGUCCGCUCAGCAGAUGACGGGACUGCCGUGGUGGGCCAGCAUCAUGUGUACAACGCUGGCCCUGCGUACCGCCAUCACUCUCCCCUUGGGAGUCUAUCAGGCCAUCAUCAUUGCAAAGGUUGAAGCUCUGCAGAAGGAGAUAGCUGUGUUGGCCCGCCAGUUAAGCUUCGAGAUCUCUGUAAAAGCCAAAGAGAAGGGCUGGUCAGAGAAAACGUGCAGAUUCCAUUUCAAGAAGAAUCUGAAACGAAUCGUAUCUGAACUUUAUGUUCGAGAUAACUGCCACCCAUUCAAGGCCAGUUUGCUAAUCUGGGUCCAGCUGCCCAUGUGGGUUUGUCUGUCUCUAGCCUUGCGUAAUCUCAGUCUGGGAAUGGGACAUGUUCCCCUUGCAUCAGAAGCAGGUUUGGCAACAGGUGGCGCUCUGUGGUUCCCUGACCUGACUCUCCCAGACUCUACCUGGAUCAUGCCAGUUUCUCUUGGCCUCAUUAACUUGCUCAUCACAGAAAUAUUCGCCCUCAGACAGCUAGAACCUUCCAAGUUCCAAAAGUAUGUGACGAACUUCAUCAGAGGAAUAUCUCUGGUGAUGAUUCCUAUAGCCGCCACAGUCCCGUCAUCUAUGGCUCUGUACUGGCUCAGCUCCAGCUGUGUUGGCCUGGCACAUAACCUGCUCCUGAGAUCCCCUCGCUUCCGGAGCGUCUGUCGGAUCCCUCCGACACAUUCAGACUCCGAAACGCCAUACAAGGACAUUGCAGCUGCAUUUGUAGCCAAAUACAUCAAAUAGAUGGAUGUUGCAAAUUAGAGCCUCACCUACUGAAAUUGCAGACAGAACAUGUGAAUGCCUGUGUGGUGGAUUCAUCCAAUCCGACACUGUUUAAACAUGUUUAUGAAAAACUGCUUUUGAAAAUACUAAAUAAUAAAUAGUGGUACAAUUUUAAGAUGAUGAUAAAAUUA